AUGGGUCAGACCUUGUCGGAGCCCGUGGUCGAGAAGACAUCCUCCGACGGCGAAGAUGACUGCUGCUUGUAUGGAGUCUCUGCCAUGCAGGGAUGGCGUAUUAGUAUGGAAGAUGCCCACGCCGCCGUCCUCGAUCUUCAAGCCAAGUACACCGGCACCGGUGAGAACCAACCGACGGACCCGAGCAAGCGUCUAGCCUUCUUUGGUGUAUAUGAUGGUCACGGUGGAGACAAGGUUGCGUUAUUCACCGGGGAGAACCUCCACAAGAUUGUUGCCAAGCAGGAAUCGUUUGCUCGUGGUGAUAUCGAGCAGGCUCUUAAGGAUGGUUUCCUGGCUACCGAUCGCGCUAUUCUGGAAGACCCCAAAUACGAGGAAGAGGUUUCCGGUUGCACUGCUUCUACAAGCAUCAUCUCCAAGCACAAAAUCUGGGUGGCAAAUGCUGGUGACUCCCGAUCAGUGCUCGGUGUCAAGGGCCGCGCUAAGCCCCUCUCCUUUGACCACAAGCCCCAGAAUGAGGGCGAGAAGGCUCGUAUCAGUGCCGCCGGCGGCUUUGUCGACUUUGGCCGUGUCAACGGCAACCUUGCUCUCUCUCGAGCCAUUGGUGACUUCGAGUUCAAGAAGAGCCCCGAAUUGGCCCCCGAGCAACAGAUUGUCACCGCUUUCCCCGAUGUGACGGUUCACGACCUGAGCGAUGACGAUGAAUUCCUUGUCAUCGCCUGUGAUGGUAUCUGGGAUUGCCAGACCUCUCAAGCCGUCGUCGAGUUUGUCCGCAGAGGCAUUGCUGCCAAGCAGCAACUUUCUCAGAUUUGCGAGAAUAUGAUGGAUAACUGCCUGGCCUCCAACAGCGAGACCGGCGGUGUGGGAUGCGACAACAUGACCAUGAUUGUGAUUGGCCUGCUAAACGGAAAGUCCAAGGAGGAGUGGUAUAACCAGAUUGCAGAGCGGGUUGCGAACGGAGAUGGGCCCUCCGAAUUCCGCGGCCCCGGGAUCCGGAAUCAAUUCGAGGACCAGCCUGAUGACUAUGACUUGGAGAUGGAGCGCUCGCGGGCUUUCAGCACCCGGUCCGGCCGGAUCAUUCUGCUAGGCGAUGGCACCGAGAUCAUCCCGGAUCAGCAUGAGGAGGAACUGUUCGACCAAACCGAGGACCAGGACCUGGCUAACCAGGUGCACCCGACUGAUUCCACGCGGGCUCGCGAAGAUACCCCCGGUCCACAGGGCAAGGAAACUGGCGCGCAAAUAUCCGAGUCGCCUGCUUCUACCGAUGACAAAGAUAAGGCAGCGCCGUAG